UGGAAGAGCUGAGGAACCGCUCCAGCACUGCCGAUGAUGAGGGUGAUGAUGAGCCUAUGAGAAGAGGAAGAAGGGUGCUGGAUACAGAGAAGCCGCUCCCCCCCCUCCACCUACCAUUAGAGCCGGUAGAGGAGGAGUCUUUAGCUGCUUAGAGCUGAGUUCAGAUUCCUGCCGAUCACUGGCUGAACCUCCACAGCCUCAGGAGGAACCAGCUCCUACGAGAUUUCAUGUCCUCUUGGAGAUAAGCGAAGCCGCACACAGACUUCCACGCCUGCGGACAUCGCCAGGAAGAAGCCUCGUCGAACGAAGACCUUUAAAGGGACCCUCUUCCCCCCCCAUCUCUGCUGGUUUGGAGUUUGCGGGUCCAGUCCUAAUACUUCUGGAGAUGCUCCAAAGAUCAUUCCUCUUAUCAGUCAGUUCUUGGGGCAUCCAUUCCCGGAGAAAGGCCGGACACCCCAAUCACAGAUACAUAGAAGUUGACGGGCGAUAAGACGUUGGAGCUCGCCUUUUUUUUUUUUUUUUUCUUUGAAACAAGGGAGAAAAUUCCUGCCCGUCCCCCUCCUCCUUCCCGAGUCUUUUAAGUUCCAUCUGCUUUCUCUUAACCUGACUGCUUGCCUGGUCUCGGUGGGUCACUCAUGGCUUUCCUGACCAAGAAGAAAAAAUUCAAGUUCCAGACCAUCUUCACCCUGGAGGAGCUGACGGCCGUCCCAUUCGUGAACGGGGUGCUCUUCUGUAAGGUCAGGCUGCUGGACGGAGGGGACUUUGUCAGCUUGUCUAGCAGGGAGGAAGUGCAAGAAAACUGCGUCCGCUGGAAGAAAAAGCUGACCUUUGUCUGUAAAAUGAGCGCCAACCCCGCAACUGGCGUACUGGACCCCUGUAUCUGCAGGGUCUCCGUCCGGAAGGAACUGAAGGGUGGAAAAACAUUUUCAAAGCUGGGCUUUGCCGACCUGAAUCUGGCCGAAUUUGCCGGAUCGGGAUCCGCGGCACGCUGCUGUCUUCUGGAGGGAUAUGACACUCGGCACACCAGGCAGGACAACUCUAUCCUGAAGGUCAACAUUGGAAUGUCCCUCCUUUCUGGAGACCCCUGCUUCAAAACGCCUCCCUCCACCGCCAAGACUGUCUCAGCUCCUGGACAGGAUUCCUCUCUGCAAAUAACCUGUAAGGGCCAGGGGACUGUACGCUCGGCCAGUGGCACUAUGCGCCAGAACAGGAGCCGUCAGGCAUUGCUUAGUUCAGGGGUCUUCGAAGAAGCGGAUCAAAAUCUCUCAAGCCCUGAGGAAACUUCUCAUUCAGGUCACUCGCGGAACUCCAGUCAAGCCAGCCAGCAGUCCAAAGCGUCCGGUCACAGCUCUGAACACUCCCGAUGUUCCAGUAUGUCAGAUCUGACUCACAGACGCAACACAUCCACCAGCAGCAGCGCCUCUGGGGGAAUCGCCAUUACUGUGGACACGCACGAUGCCGAAAAGGAGAGCAAACCAGAGAAGCCCCCAAGGCCACUCAGACCUCCCCUCAAUCUGGAUAGACAGUCCAGGAGAAAGAAGGACUCUGUGGAAAGUCAUCCCACCUGGGUGGAUGACACCAGGAUCGAUGCUGAUGCUAUUGUGGAGAAGAUCAUGCAGAGCCAGGACUUCACCGACGUCAGCAACAAUGAAGACAGUCACCUGAGGCUGUUUGUCAGCAGAGAUGGCUCCACUACUCUCAGCGGGAUACAGAUGGCGAACAGAGUCUCUGCGGGAGUGUUUGAGCCUGUGGUCAUUGAAAUCCACUAAAUGCACAUGAAGCUGAGGAUCCGGUCAGGAGUCCCAGGCUACGAGCCAAACGCACCUUUCCAGGCCGCAAGGCUGAGACCUUCCCCACGUGAGGGGAGGACAAGAAACCUAGCGAAGGUCUGGAAGCCCUGAACAGCCUCUCUCCUGGUUCCCUCUGUUCUUGCGUCAUCCUGGCACUUGUCGUGUGCACAUCUCCAGCACGUUUGAGCUCUCCAGCAUGUGACAGUGUUUUUGUCUGCUUCUAAUCACUCUGGCGAGGACACCCCAGGCUCUCGGCAUUCCCAGUCCUGCUCUGUGAUGGUGGGGAGGAGACAAAGCACCGUUCUUACUCUGUGACAACUGCAGCCAUUCUUCUUCUUCAUUUUUUAUUUUUUUUGCAUGUUCCUUGAAACGACUGUGUAAUGUCUGCAUAGACCUUGUCAGUGAUGUACGGGUCAGCAGUUUAGAAGAGCUACAUCUGCGUUGUGAGGUUGCAGUUCCUGGAAAUUGUCCUGUGAAAUCAAAGCUAAGAAAAUGCAUAAGGUGACAAUUUAAGGGGCCACUAAACCACCAGCAUGUCAUCAUGCAGCUGGCAUAUAGCUUUCUAAACAUGCCCCUGUCCCAACCAGACAUUUUAGCAUUAGGCAGUAAACGAACAUAUUAAUUAGCAAAGCCGAGGACAGUAUAACUUGCUUCACCUCGCAUGGAAGGAGUAUUGUUCUUGGCCUUAUCUGUGCAAUGUGCAUGCAUCCAGUACCAAUGGACUUACAGUAUCUCCAGACUCAUCCCAGAUAAGGCGACAUUCACACAACCGUAUGUGUUUUGCGGUCCGCAAAUUGCGGAUCCCCAAAACACGGAUACCGGCCGUGUGCAUUCCGCAUUUUGCAGAAAACGCAUGGCCGACCCUAUGAUAGAAAUGCCUAUUCUUGUCUGCGAUUGCGGACAAGAAUAGAACCUCCUCUAUCUUUCUUGCGGGGCCACUGAACAGAACUACAGAUGUGGACAGCGACGUUUUUUGCGGCCUAUGGUCUGCCCCCCUUGCGCAAAAUUAGCGUCCUAAUUUGGAAGUUCUUUUACUACCUAAUGCUCAAAUGUCCAGUUUUGACAGGCGAAGCCUCAGCUGCAUAACAACAUACUUGUGGUUUAGUGGCCCAAAACCUAGUGACUGGUUCCCUUUUAAAGGGAACCUGGCGCCAGAAGCAGCUCCCCUUAAGUUUACAUUAUACAGCGGUGGUCAGCAACCGCCGGCACUCCAGCUGUUGUGAAACUACAUUUCCCAUCAUGCACACUUGCUUGGCCGUUCUCUGAACUCCCAUAAAAAUGAAUGGAGCAUGCUGGGAGUUGUAGUUUCACAACCGCUGGAGUGUUGGAGGUGAGGUUGCUGACCCCUGAUUGUACAGUAUAUGAUGUCCCACAAUACGAAAAUACUAAAUUGCACCCUGAAUCUAUAAGGUAUGUUCACACAGCCGAAACCACAUCCGACGGGUAUAUGCCAUGGAAUCCACAGCAGAAAGCCAAGCGGGCCCUUGGAUUUCUGCCAUGGGUUUGCAGUGUGUCAUCCGGUGUAUCUGACAGCUUAUGAGCCCCAUUGAAUGGGACGAAUCCACAUACGACUUACCUGGCUGUGGUGCAGAUUAAAAAAAAAUAUAAUCUGCGGACAUGUGAACGGCAACAUGGAUUCCCAAUAGGAUGUGUAUUUGACGUGGUUUUCCUUUCAGCUCAGAAUACUGGCUGAAAUCUGCAUGACAUCUGGGCCAUGUGAACGUACCCUUAUGCAGUGGUGAAGUCUCCUGUGACCUCUGUCAGCUCUGGAGUGUUCUGGCAGGUUCCCCUUUAAUAAGAUGGUUUUCCUGUUCCUGCAUGUACUAAAUCCCAUAAUGACCAGUCGGGUAGGACUUAAAGUGGCUAAGUCCUAAACCCCAUAGAUGCCAUGAAGCGUAUGAGUAAUAACCUAAAAAUCCCGGACUUCAACCUCACAGGCAGAUGUAAUUAACCCCUUCCUUUCUCACUAUGAUGGUACCAAGCUAUGUGAUUUCCUCCCAGGGGGUUAUUGUCCCCUCUCAGUAGAAAGGCGCCAGUACAGAACGGGAGUGAAGUCCCUACACUAGGUCAUAUAAAACAGCUGGACUGUUAUCAGGGCACCCUCAGGAAGGGGCCACGCAAUGCAGCUGGACUGCAGACACCCUCCGGCAGGGGUCAUGCAACACAGCUGGUCUGUACUUUAACCCUUAAGGACUCACGGAACCCAGCCGAGCUGUGGAUCUACUUGAGGACGUACGUGUAAGCAGCAGGGCUGUAAACGAUAAGGUAGGGAACCACUUUCGGGAAGGCACAGCUGGAUGGUGAAUCCCAGGAGUGGACCUUCGAAAAAGUUACCGUGAGGGACCACUGUAUUCUGUACUGAAGCCUUUCUUCUAUACAUUCCAAGGAACCCAAGCAAGAGCCAGUUGUCAGCAGGGGUCGGCUGCGCGGGCCGCAGCUCCUGGCAGAUUGCCGCUCGCCUGUACCCACUGUCGCAUGGUGUAGACUGCACAAUGAUAUCCUGAGCCAGCAGGCUGGUGUUUUCAUUUCAUUCCUGUAGCUAAUCAACAUUUUCAAUGUGAAAUUUUCUUCUGUGGAGUCAUCUGGUGCUCAGGGCGGUGUUUUUUCUUUUCUUUUUGUUUGUAUUUUUCAUGUUUUUAUUAUUUUUAUUCCGUCUGAACAUCUGUAUGCCAAGGGAGCGUUGCGGGACUCCCUAAGGGACACGUUUUUUCGAAUACCAGACUCGCCUUCGGAAACCGGUCACCUGUUCUUUACUUUUUCCCGUCGUGACGUUUAACGUAGUCGAUCUGUACGUACCGCGGAACCGGCGCCUGCGCUGCUAUACCGCCGUUCUGCACAAGCGACCACUGAUGUUUGGGGCACUUUAAAUGAUUUAUUGGGGCAUGGUGCAGGGAAUAUAAAUGUGUUAUUAACCUUUUUUUUUUUUUUUCUUUUUUUUUACCCCGUCCGUCGGGGGUCAUAAAAAAUCUACAAAAAAUUGUAGAAUUUCCAGAAACGUGCAACUUUUUUUUUUUUUUCCCUAUCCCAUUUUACUUUUAUUCCUUUAUUGAAUCCUAAGCACUUGAGGGGUUAAUCCACUAACCACCAUUUUUCUCAGUACUACUCCGUGUCAGGUGAGGGAUUAGGGCCCGGAUUUGUGAGUAAUUGAUCGUCAAAUUCUCCUGUGGUAAAAAAUAGUGUAAUUAUUAAGGUGUGGGGAUUCCUAGUGACAGGGGUUAGGCCGCCUGUGGCUCGCCAACCGAGCUAUGAAUCUAUUGAUCUAUAAUUCCCAGCAUGCUUUCGGGGAGAAACGCUUCAAAAAUCGAUGUGCCAAAGUUAUACCUCUGAUUUGAAUAUGGUCUGAGCUGCAGGCGCCCAAAUGUCACGAGGACCUGGCGCCUACUCACAGUGGAGGUAAACGAGCCCAUGUCGAAUCAUAGAACAUAGGGUCCCCCCCCCACAAAACUGCUCCCUCCACUUGGGUCCAGGUUGAGGCACCUCACUAGAAGAUUAUUGUGGCUUUCUAAGACAUGUAAUUGGUCUCAGGACUUCCCAACAGGAAGACGGUUUUGGGGCAGAGCCAACAUUUGCGCUGUAAUUUGCACUUUUUUUAGCUAUUCUGUACCAAAAAAAACUUUGUCCGAAAGGUAGUUUAUCGGAGGACAAGGGAUAGUUGACCUUUUGUCACGUGGACUCAUUCGACCCGAGUCCUAGGACUCUUUAUCCAGACGUAUGAUUGGCCAGCUUCACUUCACCAGUCAGACGGACAGACUCCAUGCAAGAUUUGCAUUUGUAGAAGGAGACGUUUCUAAUGAAAAGCAUUGUCCGGAGCAGCGGUCAACUUGUGCCUCUCCAGCCGUUGCAAAACUACAACUCCCAUCGGCUGUUUGGGCAUGCUGGGAGUUGGAGAUUCACAGCAGCUAAAGAAACCUGCUCCAGAGGACCUACACCAGCCGUCGGCAACCUCCAGCUGCUGCAAAGCUACAACUCCAUGCAUGCACACUUGCUUGGCUGUUCUUUAUAGUCCCAUAGAAGUGAAUGCGGCAUGCUGGGAGUUGUAGUUUCACAACAUCCGGAGUGCCAGAGGUUGCUGACCCCUGACCUACACUCUUGCAUAGAGCAAAAACUCGUGAUAGGCCCUUAGAUUACAAGUAUCUGUGGUCCGGAAUAUCACAUUUUCCUAUAACCAGUCCAUUCUGUAGAUCCUGUUGAUCAACAGCGCCACCAGUUAAACUGGUCACAAAGAGUACUGCACGCAAAAAUGGAGUGAAUUUUUUUUUUUUAAGAAAAAUUAUCACAAUCCAAUGAAACUUUGUAUUUUUGGAGCAUAAGCUACUUUUUUUUUAUAUAAAUACCUAAAAAUGUAAUGUUGCAUAAGGCACUUUCUAGAUCACUGGUCUCCAACCUGUGGUUCUCUAGCAGUUGAGAAGCCACAACUCCCAGCAUGCUGGGAAUUAUCGUUUCGUCACAGGUUGGACAACCAUUGAUGUAGAUAAUAUAACUCGUGGAAAUGUUGGCUUACCCUAAACCGCACCUGGAUGGUACUUCUAGAUUAUAUAACCACUAUUUUUCUUCUUAUUAUUAUUUUUUGAAUAAUGAGAAAUUCCACUACAAUUUUGUUUUGUACUCAGAUAAUAAAGUUAUAUGCAGAGAUAUAUAAUAAAAAGUCUAAAGCUAUUUUUGCUAAGAGAAGGUCCAAUGGUGCACAUAAAUUAGAGUCUAUUGGCCUUGGUGAAGAGCCUAUAGUUUUCAUAAAAACAGAAAUUUCAAAGAAUAUUUUUUUUGAUUUCCCGGAAUUUGAGAUGAAGCUCGGCACAUUUCAUUGUUUUUACAUCUCGCCUCUUGUUUUACGUUGUAAUUGCUCUUCUGAAUCCCUUCUGUAAAUCCUGUGAUCAGUGGCAUUCGGGAGAGAAUUGGGUAAAAUAAAGUUCUGUUUGGUUAACGCA